GCAAAAACACAGAACGCUGCUCAAUUGCUGACGAGCACAGCCGCGGCGGCGGCGCUCCCUCCCAAAACCCUCGGCCGCCAACCGUCUCGUUCCUCCGGCUGCCCCACUUCUCCUCCGGCGGCGCCGCGGCGGGCAACCUCCCAAAAUCACGGCCAUGGAAGCCGACAUCGCUUCGAGGUAUGAGAUCCCUCGGACCGCUCAGUUCCUUCGCGACUGCGCCUACAACAGGGUCGCGCUCCAGUUCCCCGACGAGAUGCUCAAGGACGCCGCGGCGGUGGCGAGGGCGCUGCGGCGGGAGCUUGCCUCCGGCGGGGCCGGUGGUGGGGUCAGGGUGUUCGUGAUGGCCGACACGGCGUACAACUCCUGCUGCGUCGACGAGGUGGGCGCGUCCCACAUCGAUGCGCAGUGCGUCGUCCAUUACGGCCACGCCUGCAUGAGCCCAACAUCAAAUUUGCCAGCUUACUUUGUAUUCGGGAAGGCACAGUUGGAUAUCCACGCAUGUGCCAGCACAUUGCUUGAGUGCUCAAGAACAAGCAAUAAGCGCAUUCUGGUUUUAUAUGGACUAGAGUACGCAUAUGCAUUGGAUGAUCUUAGACAAGCUUUCAUGGAGUCAUGCAAAUCAAAUUCUUGCAAUCCUGAAGUCCAGUAUGCAGAAGUUCUGUGUUCAGUUAUGAGUCCAUCAUCAAGUACUACAGAAGAAAACACAAUUCCUCAGUCGAGUGGCACCUCUUGUAACAGAGAUAUCACAAGAAACAGCGAUGUAGCAACAUUCCUGGACAAUCAUUAUGGCAUGAAAUGUUCCAGUUCUACACAAAAGUACAGCCUUGGUGGCAUUACAUGGGAUAUUUCAGUUGAUGAAAAAAUGGAGGACUAUUUGAUAUUUUGGAUUGGACAAGAUAACUCAGCAUUUGCCAACAUAGUCCUUACCUUCAAUAAAUGUGAAAUAGUUAGAUAUGACGCAAUAGAAAAUCAACUCACAGCUGACAUCUCUCAUCUGAUGAAAAUUCUUAGGCGAAGAUAUUACCUUGUGGAGAAGGCGAAGGAUGCAAAUAUUAUUGGCAUUUUGGUGGGAACUCUGGGUGCUGCUGGUUAUCUUCAUAUAAUCGAACAAAUGAAAGAACUGAUCAAGGCUGCUGGAAAGAAAUCUUAUACAUUGGUCAUGGGCAGGCCUAAUUCUGCAAAACUUGCGAAUUUUCCAGAGUGCGAAGUUUUUAUUUAUGUUUCUUGUGCCCAAACCGCUCUGCUGGAUAGCAAGGAUUUUUUAGCUCCAGUUAUUACACCUUUUGAAGCUGUACUAGCUUUUAGCAGGGGAAGAGAGUGGACUGGAGAAUAUCUUUUGGAUUUCAAGGAUUUGAUCACUUUAGAGAAACAAGAAGUUGUGAGCACAACAGAAGAAGCACGUUUUUCUUUUAUCAAAGGUGUCUAUGUGGAAGAUAAUUGCCCCCAAGAAAAUGAGGAGCAAUCAGAAACAUCGCUCGCACUGGCUGAGGUAACAGAAAAGGCACUAAGCAUCCAAAACCAGCACAACGACGCUGUCCUUUACAAAGGAGGAGCAAUGUCCUCAAUCGACUACCUCAAGGCACGUUCAUACCGUGGUCUAACUGGAGAAUAUGAAGGUCCAGUGCCUAAUUCAAUCUUGGUAGGCAGAACCGGCAGGGCGGCUGGUUACAGUGAUGAGAAAACCGAGAACGCACAAUAAAUGUACCAUCCUGCCAGUUAACCAGUUACUACAGGCUCCCUUGUUUUGGCGGUGAAAAACCAGGGUGCACAAUGAUUCAAUCUUACCCUGGAUGGUUUACCAAUCUUUGCCUUUUGUUUUGGAGGGGAAACAGGUUUACAAACAAUUGUCGACAUUUUUAUCGACGAGAACACCUGUUUCUAGUCCCAGGGAACAAUGCUUUAGAUGCUGUUCGUUCACGUGGCUGUUUUGCUGUUGGAAACUCUGUGCAUAGUCGGUUUGGAUGCGUCACAAGUUUUGCGAAUUUGUGUGAGGUUAUUUCUAACAACUGUGGCAUGUGUUCAGAAGAUGAGAUAUACGUUGUACCAGACUUGUUCAAACAGUGACAGAUGGAUAGACCACUGUAGUCCGUUAUGUUUGUACCAGACAAAGUUUACUCUGUACAUUCAUAUUUAUUGACUACUACUAGGGAGCCCUUAAAGCACCAUUUGGUAAAA